UGUUCACGAGUAUUUACUAAACAGAAGGUUACCACGCACGUACUAACUUAGAACGCAACGAAUUUGCAGAACCUCUCUGAUCUGUUCUCCCUUUUCUUAUUACUCUUACUACAGAAAAAUGGCACCGAAACGCGGCAUUCUUGAGAGACUUGAUGCAGGUGAAGUUGUCAUUGGCGAUGGCGGGUUUGUCUUUGCACUGGAGAAACGAGGCUAUGUUCGAGCUGGUCCUUGGACGCCAGAAGUGAAUGUAGAAUAUCCAUCGGCAGUCAAAGAACUUCACAGAGAAUUUCUUCGUGCUGGAGCUGAUGUUAUGCAAACUUUCACAUUCUAUGCUAGCGAUGACAAACUAGGGAACCGUGGAAACACUGCUGCACAAAUAGGAUGCCAAGCCAUCAAUCAAGCAGCAUGUGACAUUGCCUUUGAAGUAGCUAACGAAGGAGAUGCUUUGGUGUGUGGAGGUGUUUGUCAAACACCAACAUACUUAAGUGGCAAAGGGAAAGAAGCUUGUCAGAGAGAAUUUGAGAAGCAAAUAGAAAUUUUCCUGAAAAAUGAUGUGGACUUUCUUCUUGCAGAAUAUUAUGAACAUGUGGAAGAAGCUGAAUGGGCAGUGGAGUCAUGUAAAGCCACAGGCAAACCUACUGCCGUUUCAUUGUGCAUUGGGCCCCAAGGAGAUUUGCACGGCAUUCCUACUGGGGAAUGUGCAGUGCGCUUGGCUCAUGCAGGUGCUGAUAUUAUUGGCAUCAAUUGUCAUUUUGGACCUGAUGAAAGCAUUGAAGCAUGUCGCUUGAUGAAAAAAGCACUUGAUGCAGCUGGGAUUAAGAAACAUUUGAUGGUGCAGCCUCUUGGAUACUUAACCCCAGAUGCUGGCAAACAGGGAUUCAUUGAUCUCCCAGAAUUUCCCUUGGCUCUGGAACCCAGACUGAUGACAAGAUGGGAUGCUCACAAGUUUGCUCGUGAUGCAUACAAUGCUGGAAUCCGUUACAUUGGUGGUUGUUGUGGAAUUGAGCCUUACCACACCAGGGCAGUGGCUGAAGAGUUGGCCAAGGAAAGGGGAAAGCUUCCAAAAGCCAGUGAAAAACAUGGGCCUUGGGGAGAGGGACUGAGGUUGCACACCAAACCAUGGGUUCGAGCCAGGGCACGCAGAUCCUAUUGGGAGAAUCUCAAUCCAUCAAGUGGUCGUCCAUUUUCUUCUAGGAUGUCUAAGCCAGAUAACUGGGGUGUUACUGCUGGAGAUAAAGACUUAGUACAACACAAGGAAUCUACCACCCAAGAGGAAAUGGAUGCUGUUAUUAGUCGAGCAGCAAAUAAAGAACUUGUCCUUAAUGGAGACCACUGAGAGAGCAUUGAUAGGGUGGUCAUAGAUGUGACCAUAGUCACUAGCUUGUAUAUACGCUGUACAAUACCACCAACCUGGAGUGCUUCUGAUAACUAUGUAAUAGCAGUAACACUGUGUAUAUGUACUUGAUAAAGGACUGACUAAAUUUUACUUGGUUAUUUGCAUUUUAAAUAGACUAUAUUUUUAGAUAUGAAAUAAGGGGUUAGGAAGACUAAGUGUUAAUCAUCAAUUUUUUGCCUAUUUCAUUUCCAGCUGUUUGUUUGUUUUAGUGUGAGUCUUCUCUUUUUUUUUUUUCAUGAUUGUAUUUUUCGUACAUGUAUCUAGGAUAAAACUGAGGAUAUUUGUUUAAGAUGUCAUCUUCAGAUAAUUAUUGUACAAAUCAAUUGUACAAAUCUUUGUUGUUGAUAACCUCUGUGCAUUACUCUCAAUAUUCAAACUUAUUUAAUACUGGUAUUGACAGCUCAGUUCUUUAACUGCAAAAAAUGGCUUAUCAUUCAUGUAAAAAUAUGGUGUUAAUAAAGAUUAGUUUCAGGGAG